UGGCGGCGGCGGCGGCGGCGGCUCUGCUUCUGUUAUCACCGUGAGGAGGAGGAGGAGCGAAUGAGCGCGGGGCUCCCGCUGGCCGCCGGGCGAUGUCGGACUCUGAGGAGGAGUGCCCCGACCGACAGCUCAAGUUCGUGGUUUUGGGCGACGGCACCUCCGGCAAGACCUCUUUAGCCACACGCUUUGCUCAAGAAGCUUUCGGGAAGCAGUACAAACAAACCGUAGGACUUGACUUCUUUUUGAAAAGAAUCACAUUGCCAGGAAAUGUAAACGUUACUGUUCAAGUAUGGGAUAUCGGUGGCCAAACAAUAGGAGGCAAGAUGUUGGAUAAAUAUGUCUACGGUGCACAGGCUGUCCUUCUGGUGUAUGAUAUCACUAACCAGCAGAGUUUUGAAAACUUGGAAGACUGGUACAAUGUUACAAAAAAGGUCAAUGAAGAGUCAGAAGCUCAGCCUCAUGUGGCACUGGUAGGCAAUAAAAUUGAUUUGGAGCAUCUGCGGACAGUCAAGGCCGAUCGGCACCAUCGCUUCUGUCAGGAAAAUCACUGCAGCAGCCAUUUUGUGUCGGCCAAGACAGGUGAUUCUGUCUUCCUGUGUUUUCAAAGAAUUGCUGCCGACAUCCUUGACAUCAAAUUAAACAGAGCGGAAAUAGAGCAAUCACAGAGGGUGGUGAAGGCAGAUAUUGUAAACUACAGCCAGGAGCCCGUGUCGAGAAAAGUUAACUCUCCUAGAAGCUCGAUGUGUACAAUUCAAUGAAUGUUUUCUCCUCUCUCUCUCUUUUUUUUGUUAUUUAUCUCCUUCAGUGGCUCUACUGCCUAUGCAAAGGCAUGUUGUUUUAACCGUGAACAUUUCUCUUGGGCAGUUAGAGAUUCCGACCAGUUACUACCCCUUUGUGCAUCGACCAACAGCGGGCAGUUUCCUUGGCUAGCCAAGGCUUGGAUGUUUGGGACCACACACUUUGUAGAAAAUAAGAUAGAGGUCUAGAUAUCUAUAUUCUUGUGAACUAUAUAUUUCCGUAAACCAGUGUAACUAUGUAAACAGAUGUCCUUUUACAGAUCUUGUUAGAAUAUUUCAGGGGGGGAAAGUAUAAAUUAUAUGACAUGAAAGGCGAUGCUUGAAAAUAAACCA